UAAUUGAUAGCAGGUAAAGGCGGGGCCAAUUGUUUUUUUUACAGAACUUACCUGAGCAACGAGAUUAAAGGACGCUGCUGGCGGCGUCCUAUUUAAUCUACAUUAAAGAAAAACACAAUGGUGGAGCAAAGCAGACGUCCGUACCGAGCCGUGACCCUUCAGGCUGGACCUGGAGAGGUGGUGGACGUCAACCUCAGGGUCCGCGACAGGGCUGCGAGGGUCGUCGGUCGGCAGCUGGCUGUAAUCGGAGACCAUCUGGACCAGGAGUGGGCCAGGAGAGAUCACGACUGGCCGCCAACUCCUCUAUACCUGCUGAGACCUGCCCGGACUCUGAUACGCAUCAUCUACAGGGAUCUCCACAGCCAGUUGUGGGGUUUCCAGGGUCUGUUGGCUCCUGUGAAGGCCUGGAUCGUCAGCACUAGGCCUGGGCAGGGGAACCUCCGAGCACAGACAGUGACAGCCUUGGUGUCCGGUUUCAAAGCAGCGACCUGCCCCUGCUGGACCAGAGGAGGGCUCGUAACGGUGGCGCUGCUGGCUGCAGCAAGCAUUUUUGGUGGACUGUGGAUGGAAGAGGAAGCCUGAGAAGAGGCCGGGAGGAAGCUUGAAUAUGUUUAACGAAAGAAGAAGAAAAGAAGUUUGGAAAUGAGUUUAAAUUAAUGCUGAUUUUUGUUUCCGCUGUUUACUUUGACCUUUCUUUUUAUACUAUUUCCAGUAGCCGUAUUGAAGUUGGCAACAAACUGCAAACAGCUUCCUUAGAAUAAAACAAAAAAAAAUGUUGCCAAAUUCAUUAAAGUAGCUCCAGACUGAAAAAAAAAAAAAAAAACUUGUCAGAUUGAUGUAGCACUGGAAGGCUGUUUUGCAGUUGCAUUGAUUUAAAAAAAAUGUUUCUCAUAACUGGACUGUUGCUGGGCUGCAGUCUUUUGCAGUUUCUUACUGGUUUAAGAGGCCAAGACGUUUUACAAAUGAUGUGUCGCUUUGCUUGUGAUGAAAUGACGGGAGCUGGACUUUCUGUUGCAGAUUUUUAAAAGAAAGCUUUUUUUUCCCCACCCAUGUCUUACAAAUAAACCUUCCAAAAUGA